AUGGCUUCCAUGAGACGAACCACCAAUAAAAUUCUUUCCCUCCAACGACUGGACAGUUCCUGGGCUACUUAUAUGCCCUCCAUUUUGACAACUAUUGAACAAUAUUUCACUAACCUUUUUCAAAGUCAAUUGCCAGACAAUGACAUCAUUGAAUAUGUUCUAUUAGGCAUUUCUGAGCGCCUUACCCCUGCUGAAAUUGACCUUCUUCAGGCCACUUUUAUGGCCCUUGAAAUUAAAACUGCUACAUUCCAACUCGCUCAUGAUAAAGCUCCAGGCUUCGAUGGCUUUAGUGGCAGUUUCUUUCAAAAGAAUUGGCACUUGUUGGGUCAUGACGUUACCAUUGCUGCUCUCAAUUUCCUGAAUGGGGAUGCAGAUUUAUCGGCCAUCAACCAGACGCUCAUUGUUCUUAUUCCCAAGCGGCAAAAUCCUGAACAGAUAACUGACUAUCGACCCAUCAGUCUCUGCUCCACUGUCUACAAAAUCAUUUCAAGGGUUUUGGUUAAUCGUCUUAAACCCAUUCUUAGUUGUAUCAUUUCUCCCACACAAAGUGCUUUUCUUCCUUCCCGUUUAAUUUCUGACAACAUUAUCAUCGGUCAAGAGGUCAUGCAUUCACUCACUCAUCAUAAAACUGGUCGGUUGGGAUGGAUGGCCUUAAAGCUAGAUAUAGCCAAAGCCUUUGAUCGGGUUGAAUGGGUCUUCAUUCGCAAAAUUAUGGACCGAUUUUUAUUUCCCAAGCGUUUCAUCGACAUAAUUCUGGCUUGUUUCUCCACUGCUACCUUUUCCUUCUCCCUUAAUCAACAAGUUCUGGGAACAGUCAAACCUACCAGAGGCAUCCGUCAGGGAGACCCCCUUUCCCCAUAUUUAUUUCUUCUCUGCUCUGAGGGUCUUUCUUCGCUCAUCAAUUAUAAAACCAAGCAGCGCCAACCUCGGAGUCAUUCCCUUGGCAUUAAAAUUUCUCGGCGAGCCCCAACCAUCUCGCAUCUUUUUUUCGCUGAUGAAAGCCUCCUUUUUAGCUCAGCUUCUGUUGAAGUUGCGACUACCAUCCAAAGCAUUCUUUGUGACUACAGCCACACAUCUGGACAACUGGUUAACUUCACUAAAUCGGCCUUAUACUUUUCUCCAAAUACGACUCCUGCGCUACAGCAUGAAAUCGCUAUGCUUCUCGGCAUCCCCGUACGUGAGACGAUGGAUAAGUACUUGGGUCUUCCUCAAGCAUUUGGAAGAUCUAAAAAGGAUGCCUUCAACUACAUUAACGAUCGUGUUUGGUCUCACUUAAACAAAUGGAACUCGAAGUUUUUUUCCAAAGGCGGUAAAGAAGUCCUCUUAAAAUUAGUUGUUCAAGCCAUUCCUUCUUAUGCCAUGGCUUGCUUUAAGCUUCCUGCAUCUUUCCAUUCUAAGAUUGAAUCCCUUAUGGCUCGGUUUUGGUGGGGCGGAAAUGAGAACAACAGGAAAAUCCAUUGGAAAACAUGGUCUUUUCUUUGUGAUUCAAAAUUCCAUGGCGGUCUUGGGUUUCGUUCUAUGAAAGCUUUCAAUCAGGCGAUGUUGGCCAAACAAGCUUGGCAGCUUCUCCAAUAUCCUCAUUCUCUAGUGGCCACACUCCUUAAAGCUCGAUACUUCCCACAAACUAGCUUCCUUCACUCUGGCAAGGGUCAUAGACCUUCCCUUGUUUGGUCUAGUAUUACUUGGGGCAAAGAACUUCUUCAAUCAAGCCUUAGGAAGUCAAUUGGUGAUGGUACUACCAUCAACAUCUUCAAUGAUGCUUGGAUUCCUGGUUAUGGUAAAUUGCACUAUUUGAGGUAUCAUUCAAAUGCCGAUAUGACAGUGGCUGACCUUAUCACACCUAACAAGCAAUGGAAUCAUGCCCCUAUCCAUUCCCUUUUUCCUACAGACAUUUCACAAGCUAUAAUGGCUAUUCCCCUUCAUCACAUCUCCACUCUGGAUACAUAUUUUUGGUCCAUCACCCCUCAUGGUUCGUACACGGUCAAUUCAGGUUACCACCUAGCCCAUAGCCAACUUCAUCAAAAUGAACCUUCCCCCUCGGAUCAAAAGUCCUCAAAUGCCUGGUGGAAAAAUCUUUGGACCCUUCCUUUGCCUCCUAAAUUGAAACAUUUCCUUUGGCGUGUCUGUUAUGAUAUCCUCCCUACUAGCCGAAACCUAUUCAACAGAAAGACUCUGUACUCCCCCCAUUUCAGCCGAUGUCACUAUCACGAUGAGACCCUAGAACACGCUCUCUUCAGAUGCCCUGCUGCCCAGAAGGUAUGGAAAUUAACUGAUUUUAAUACUUUUAUCACGACACACUCUUCACUUAACUGUAUGGACUUAUUAUAUCUUGCUGCCAUUGAAUUUAUUACUGGACAUUAUCAUAUCUUUGUUUGUUUGCUGUGGAAGCUCUGGAACUGUAAGAACAUUUGGAUUCUUGAGGGUAUAUCCCUUUCCCCAGAUCAGAUCCUUCGUGAAGCCUCAUCCUAUCUUGAGCACUAUACGGUCUGCAACAAGACGAUUCCCACUCCUUCUCAAGCUCUUGAUGAUCAACUCCUACCCAACGAUAGCUGCACAUCAUCUACAACCUUCCAUCAUCGGCUUUUUGUGGACGCUGCCCAAGAUUCCCAACUCCUCAAAAUGGGCUUUGGCAUGACCAUCCAUACCAGUUCUGGUGAAGUUCUUCUAAACUUGGCCAAGCCAAAGAGUGGAAUCACUACACCUUUGCUAAUGGAAGCACAAGCACUUUACUCGGCUAUAUCUUGGUGCCAUGAACACUCCUUUUAUCCGGAUAGUAUUGUUUCAGAUUGUAAUGUGUUAGUCAAUUAUAUUUGUAAAAAGGAAACUCAUAAUCUGCAUCUUAACCCUUUUGCCAUUGAAAUCAAAAGCUUGCUCUCUUAUUUCCCUAAUGUAUCUCUUAGCUACAUCCCGAGAGGGGCAAAUUAUGCUGCCCAUUGUUUAGCUAAGACAGCUUUAGGCUUAGAGCAGGAAGCUUUAUGGAUGAGCCCUUCUGUCCAAAAUUAA